AUGGAAACUUUCGCCGAACAGGCGACUAAAAACGUAGAUCGAACGGAGAAAGAUGUGUUGGCUUCUUUGAAACAGAAAGAAACAGCAUACUCAAGCCUGGAACAACGGCUGGCCAAGUUUCGGUUAGCAUGUCAGGACUUCAUGUUCGUUGACUUCGCGGCUGCCGCUCAGAAGAAGACAGAGAGUAGGCUAUGGGAUGCCCAUUCGAAGGUAAACAAGAAGUUCAGACAAUUCCUGGCCCAGUUCCGUGAAGGAGAUGGCAAGAAAAAGCAUGUUGAGCGCCGAAAAGCCGAAAAACUAUACCUGGAAUUCAUUAAAUCGAGCAUGCGAUUCUACAGAGGUUACAUACAGAGGCUGGCUUCACAUUUCAGCGAGGUCCCCGAAGUCUUUGAGAUUGCCAGGAAGUUCAACCUCGACACCGAAUCAGCCGAUACACCUCAGCCGGUCGACACGACGCUGAAAGGCCACAUUGUCCGCUCUUGUUACUUGACUCUGAUCCAGCUCGGCGAUCUAUCUCGAUAUAGGGAAACCGAGUUGCAAAGCAAAGAACGAAACUGGGGCCCUGCGAAAGGGUAUUAUGAUCUUGCGACUGCUCUCGAUCCCACAUCUGGCAUGUCAUACAAUCAGUUAGCUGUUAUCGCCCUGACAGAUCAAGAUCAUCUGCGCGCGGUCUAUUAUCUUUAUCGAGCUAUUUGUGUGGACAAGCCUGCCCCUUUAGCCCCGGGAAAUUUGGACCUGGAGUUUAAGAAGGUCAAAACAAAGUCGAACCAAGGGAAGCUUUUUGCAAAUGGUGAUGUUGCUGGGGACGGCAGCCUGGCUCUUCAAGACCGCUUCCUGCUCUUUCAUGCCCGCUGCGUCGACAAGGAUUUCAAUGGUUACGAAGACCAUCAGGCAGAAAUCCAUCGCUUGCUUGCGGACGAACUCCGAGAAAAGCCUUUCGAUACUAUCAUACGCAAGUUUUGCUUGAUCAGUAUUGCGGCCGAGCAGUCCGCUGGCCAAAAGGUGCACGACGAUUCGUUCGCCAUCCGCUCCUUUGAGAUUUUACAGCACUUCAAUGUAAGCACUUUCUUUAUGCUCCUGAAACUUCUACUCGAUGAGCUCCAGCGGCUUGCGAAGCAUCCAGACAGAACUACCGAGACUUCUCCUGAUGACUGUUCACACAUCAGCCCAGUCACCCGCCGAAUCCUCCCUCACCUAAGGGUAUAUAGUGGCUGGCUCCUCAGCACCGUCCACUUACUACUCGCGAACAAAUCUCUGAGCGUCCAAGUGAGUGAGCUGUGGCAAGCCUACGCAGAAGCCCUCACUCUUCUCAGACAGACGUUCUCCAUCCUUGAUGUGCAGGACAUCCCUUACUUAUUGGAGGAAGAUCAGGAUACUGUAGCCUUCACUGCAUUCAGUGAAUAUCUACGACGACAACGCUUCCAAAAUUCGUCCCAUCAAUCCAAGCCCUCUUAUUCCGAGGCGGUUUUCGGCCAGCGUUCAGUUGAGAACGAAAUGCUUCAUAGGAUCAAGGGUCUGGUUAAGGAUGGCAUGUACCUGUGCCGCAGAGAGGGCGAUUUCGAGUCUUUGUCAAUACCAAUGAUCUUUGCCGGCAUGCGAUUUGUGUACUCCGCCCAAGGUGAAGCACAUCCUGGAGAUGCUGCAGACUCUUCCCUGCAAGCUCAUAGUUCGGCGAAUGGGCUAAGUCGGGAAGACAUUGAGCGCGCGAGGACCUCUAUCAAUGCUGCCAUCCAGCGUUCAAACCAAUAUGAGGACACGUCCGAAGCUGGAGCCGCAUCAAUGACAUCCACAAUGGAGAAUAUGGUCAAUAACCUUACCAAGCACGAUGGACCCGACAUGAAUACUGUACCGACCACUGUGUUCCAUGAACAUGCCCCGAGGUCUCUGGGAACGCCACUGGGACAUUCACCCGCCGAGCGACGGGCUUCAGGCAUGCUACCACCCAGUAUGGCAGCCUUUGACCCACCGCAACCGACGAGGCACUCGAUUGGCUCGCUUCCCGGGCUUCACGAUCGACUUAGAGAUAGAUCUAGUCUACCUUCUAUCUGGAACACUCCUUUCACGCCCCGGCCAGACGACAUAUCUGCAUCGUCACCACGACCAAGCACGGCGCACCGCACCAGUGCAGCUUUAGCGCCGUCGACCCUCAACAGUCCUGCUAUGUUUCAAGCCGACGUUCUGCAAUUACAGGAGCAAAUUCAAAAUCGGUCGUCACCGCCUCAAUCCUUUCAGCCGACCAUGUCUAGCCAUUAUGAAACCCCGACACACUUGACAUCUUGGAUCAGGAACAUCGAUCAAUUGCAGCCUUCACCGUCACCUUUUCAAGCUUCCUCUGCUGUGGCUGCUGUCCAAGGAACGGUCAUACCAACAAGAUCUCCGGAACCAUCUCCAUUUGGUGCCAUCGGCGAGCCACGAGCUAAAAGCCGUGCACCUACAAGUGGGCAGGCAGGCUAAUGGCACAUCCGCGCUCACAUAGCAUGCCAUACACGUUGGUCUGCAAGGCGCUAAACUACUACCGCUCAUUGGCCGCCUGAUGGCAAAUGCUGGUUUUCGAUCUCGAUCAAUCGGUGGAUAUCAAUAUUCCGGCUUUUCUAUCGUGGUCUACUUGUUUAGGAAAACCCCGCCGUCUGAUGCAAUCCAGUUGGCAACACUUUUCAUCAUCAGGUCGUGGAAGACGUGGUAUCAUGCCCAACCCAUCCGGUCUUGUUGAAAUAGACCGUCUCGGAACGCCA